GGCCCAAUUAUAGUGUCAUAACAAUUACGCACGCACACACGGAGGCAUAAUGAGUUUCGGUUCGGUUUGGGCCGGGCUAAGCCGACUGAACGGCGAAAACCAAGAGCCAAAGCCAUCGGCAUCGCCAUCACUGUCCAAAGCUGACCUAGUGGCAGACGUGUUAAUGAUGGAUAUGUUCAGAUAGGCCACGACGUAUAAAAAGCGUUCAUUAAAGUUGCAAAAAAGCGAGGCAAAAACAAGCGAAGCCAAAUGCUAAUGAAUGAAGAAGCUAUUUUUGAACUCCCACAAUUAUGUCAAUAACGAGCAAUUGCUAUUCAAAGGACCAUCACAGAUCUCAUAAAAUGUUUACUCAAGAUAGAAAGGUGCCACAGCGCCAAGUAUACAAUAAAUGAUGCAUUCAUUAAAUAAGAGGUUAAUGCAAGGCAGCAUCUGGCAUGUGACCUUUUCCCGCUGCUCCAAUUACACGGCCGAAAGUGAAGUCCCACAAAGGUGGGAUUACGCCAUCGAUGGCAAGAGACCUUCGCCGGAAUCUCUCGACCACAAUAAACCGAAUUAACGACAGUGGCAGCCACAGCAGAUCUAAGCUGUUCCGAGCCACGAAAAUGAUUUAGCGCACUGUCAUUGAGUCGGCUGCCUCCGCCAUCGAGUGUGAAGUGUUGACUUUCAUCUCAUUGUUGCCCCCGAACCCAAUCCCAGUCGAACCCGAUCCCCAUCCAAAGCGCUGACCACCAACUGCAGAUCGUGCCCCAACGCAGGGCGACACGCAACGCAGAUAGUCCUUCACUUUGGAGCGUGAAGGUUUCCGAAGAGCCCUUAAUACACUCGCAGAAAAGUCCGAUUGCUGAUUUCGAUGAUGAUUAAACAUGAUAAUAAGGAAAUGAAAUCACCACUGAAUAUCAAAUGAAAUACUUCUACGAUCACAGAAUAAUAGUUGUUAUAUGUCCUUACUUUUCCGCUGACUUUCAAAGUACAUGAAGUUGAUUUCUCUGCAUGAAGCGGAGCCAAAGUCAUUGCCGGUUUUGGGUAUUUGCGAAAGUGUGAGUCGAGAUGUAAAUAAACCUCAUUUAGUCCAAUUUACGGCCAGUUCACUUCCACUCGCAUGCAGGCGUCUUCCCUUUCAUCGUGUGUCUUCCAUGCACCCUAUGGUUGCCAUCUGCGACUGCACAGGUGCUCAUCCGAAGACAUGACAUAAUGGGCCUCCAGUCCAUCGGGGACUUCUUUCACUUCUGCCAGAAUGAGCGCAGAUAUCUGGUUUUCGAUCUUAUUUCGAGGUCAUUUGGUAGGGUUAACUUAACCACGUCUAACUUAUGAGUGCAGGUGUAUUACCUGGAGUGUCGCUAGUUGGUUAGACACUUAGCUCUGGCAUUCCCAACUGCAUGCCUUUCAAAGCGUAAAGUGCAAUUUCGGGCUCUUGCGAUUGCAGCACCCAUCUGCAAAUGUACAUACUCGUAUAAUUAGGCUCCUUGUGAAACAUUAAUUAUACGCCCCGUGGUGCCAUGGCCCUACUGCUCCACAUCGAGAUCGUACGAAUUAUACGGGCCUCGGCCUCGGGCCCGUCCCCGUCCCCGUUCCCCGCCCUCCUGACUCCCCCGAUUCGCAUUUCCCAGCCCAUUUCGUAAUCUUCGUGCCCAUGUGACGCUGAUGCUGAUGGAUGACGAGCCCAGGUUGCGACUUACCCACAAUUGAAAUGCAACUGCAGUUGGGCAACGGGAAACGCGAUUUGCAGUUUCGUCGGUGGGGCCAUCCCUCAUGGCCAAGAGAAAUAUGUUUUGGUAGCCGCCAUGAUCCUCCUGGGCUGUCGAAAAAUCUCAGUGGCUGCGGCUGGGUUACUUACCUUCGGAAUCGAUCGAGGUGGUGGGAAAAAUCACUUCCUGGUCCGCGCGAAUCGAAGGAAAGUGCCAAAGAAAAUUUCAAAUACCAAAAUCGUUAGCGACAUUUUAUUUUUUUCGGCCUUUUCUUUUUCUUCUGUCUCUUCGUUGUUUUCCAAUUGGAAAUUUUGUUUUAUUGUGAGAAGCGCCCAGCAGCAAAAGAAACAAGUUGCAGACGAAGUUUGGCGAUAAUGACGUUGCCGAGUGGACGAGUUGGCCCGAAAGCUGAAGAGCAGCUGAGCACCGGCGGGUAUAAAGAGUGGCUCUGCUGGCCGUGGAGAUGCAUUCAGUCGCUGGUUCCCCACUCGGAAGCAACCAAAUUCACUCCACUCUACUCUACUCAACUCUUCCCCCCAACAAACACACUCACCCGAAUCGUCGCUAUGAACUCCUUCUCAGUGUUCUUAGUGUUCGCGCUGGCCGCUCUGGCUGCAGCAGAGCCACCAUCCGGAUAUAACUAUCCCCGCGGCGGAGGCGGUGGUGGCGGCGGCGGAUUUGGAGGUGGCUUCGGCGGCGGAUUCGGAGGUGGCGGCGGCGGUGGCGGCGGCGGCUACCAGGCUGUGAGCGGCGGCUUCCAGACCUCCGAGGGCCAGAACGUGGAUCCCCAGCUUCUGGAGCAGGUGCGUCAAAUCCUGCUGAACGAGGAGAGCAAGCAGGGCGGCGGUGGUGGUGGAGGCGGCGGCGGCGGCGGUGGUGGCUACCCUAGUGGCCCAUCCAGCAGUUACGGUCCACCUUCCACCAGCUACGGAGCCCCCGGAAUCGGAGGCGGUGGUCGUGUCGUGGGCAUCGAUCUGGAAGGCGUCCGCCAGGCCAUCCAGGUGGCCCAGUUCGCCCAGCAGAGCUCGCAGGCGGGAGGUGGCGGCGGUGGAUACCCCAGUGCCCCAUCCGGAUCGUAUGGAGCCCCUUCAAGGCCCAGCGGCAGCUAUGGAGCGCCCUUCUAGAUCUUCGCCAGGUCUCACAUCCGAAAGACACACCUCUGCCAAAAAUGAAUACCGACGGACACGAAACCGACAAAGACGACUCCAACACUAAACCAAUUUGGGCAACCUGGACCUAAAAAAGGAACUACCGAUCACCGAUCCGCUCUGAUCCCGAGAGAACUGGAGAUCGCUUCCCCUUCUCAAGCCCUCUUCCCGAACUCAGCGACUGCACCCCAACACUCUGAAACGCCCGAUCCCGGAAACCCCAACCCACUCGGGACUUCGUCUCGGGCUUUUUUGUAACCCUUGUAAAUAGUUUCUCACACUACACGAAUACAAGAAAACCCGAAAACGAAAGCCACACAACAACACCCACAACACCAAGAUGGAGAACACCCCAGAAAGUGUUAUAACGCAUUACUAGCUCGUAAGUGUUUUUAUUUUAUAUGAAACAAACAAAGAAACAACAAAAAAA